AUGGUAUCCAAGCGAAAGCGAGGACACAGUGACAAUGUCAACUCCACGGAUGAUUAUGCAUUUAAUACGUCAAGUAGAGCUUCCCGUGCAAAGAAACAAACAAACUAUAAAGAACUGUCUGAUGACGAUGACUACAACUCUAGCGAAGAUACUCCAAAACGAAAUCUAGAAGAUGAAGAAGAAGAAGAAGAAGAAGAGGACGAGGAAGAAGAAGAAAAAGAAGAUAAUAACAAUGAUAACUCAGAUGGAUCCGAUUUUUUGCCAUCAAAGCGCAGACCCAGCAAACGUCCCAAGAGAUCUGACAAAGUGGAACCUGAUACUAGUACAAACAUUUUCGACCCAUCGUUAACAACACCAACUACUAACGGUAACGGUAAUCAUCACCCUGAAGACACAACUGAUCAUGAUGAAGCUUCUGCAGGUGAUGACGACAUAAUCCCCAAUCAAAAUGGCGUUGCUCCAAAUGGCUCCGCUCAUUCUACUCCGGAAGAUUUACCAGGAUCUGACCCUAGCAACAAGUCAUUUACUGUUACACUUAAACUUAGAUCAGGUACGGCUAGAUCAUCAGAAGCACCGGACCAAGAGGAUGGUGACGAGACUAAAGAUAUUAAAAUCAAUGACGAAGAAGAAGAGGAAGAUGAUGACAGUAUAAUUAAUCUUCGUAAUCGCAGAAGGGCUAAAUCUCGCAGUAACGCUUUUUUUGACGAAGAUGAGAGUGCACCUGCACAAUCACAAAGACGAAAGUUGUCCAAAAAAUCUAUUUUUGAUGACGAAGAAGAACAAGAACAAGAACAAGAAGAAGAACCAAACCAAACCAGAGAUCCCCCACCAACCGCCAAAAAAGCGCCAGCUACUCGAACUCGAAGCCAUCGUGCUACUCAAGUCACUGAUGAAGAAGAAUACAAUGCCGAUGAAAACAGUGAAAGCGACUCAGAAAUAGAGUCAGCUGCAGCUGAAGAACCUGAAGAAGACGACAAUUUCGUUGCUUCUGAUGACGAUGAUGAAUAUGGCCGUGCUUAUGGCAAAAAAACUCGACGAAGUACCCGGAAGUUACGAAACCACAGUGCUAGAACAUCAACCCGUAAUACUCGCAGCAGUAAGCAUGCAAACAAUGAUGAUGAUGACGAUGACUUCAAUAUCGGCCCAAGACGUACUCGUGGACGCAAUAAUAAUGAUGAUGAACUUUUACAAGAAUUAGCGGACCUUAAAGGUUCUGUAUCGCCAAUUCCACGGCGUAAACAUCUUCGGGCAAGAAAAGAAAUUAAUUAUCAGAUCCUUCCUCCGCCGCCCCUAGACGGUCCUUAUGAAGAGCCUUUGAAGGACAUUUCUGUAUCCGCUGUUGCUUCUUCAUCAACUACAUCGAGACGACGAGGUGCUCAAAUCAAACGGCUUUUCCCUACUGGUGGUCCCUUUGGAGGCAAUGAUCUUCUUUCUGUCUUCAGCAAUGCUAAUGUCCCUACUCUUAUUGGUGCUGGAGGGAACGCAGCACCUACUGCUGCAGGAGGUGUUCGUGAUACUGAGUCUUCUGAUGAUGAGUUGCGCAAACCAACAAAUGCUAUCACUGGCGCAUCCACAGGUGUAACAACCCGAGGCAAGACAUCACUUUCUGAUUCUGAUCCUCUUGGUGUUGAUAUGAAUAUUGAUUUUUCUGCUGUUGGUGGUCUUGAUCACUAUGUUAAUCAGCUUAAAGAAAUGGUAUCCUUACCGUUAAUGUACCCUGAAGUUUAUAAGCGUUUUGGAAUUACUCCACCUAGAGGUGUUUUAUUUCAUGGCCCCCCUGGUACUGGUAAGACGUUAAUGGCUCGUGCCUUGGCUGCUAGUUUUUCAACUGAAGACCGAAAGGUGACUUUUUUUAUGAGAAAAGGUGCAGAUUGCUUAUCAAAAUGGGUUGGCGAAGCUGAACGGCAACUUCGUCUUCUUUUUGAAGAAGCCAAAAACAAACAACCGAGCAUCAUUUUCUUUGAUGAAAUUGAUGGUCUCGCGCCAGUUCGUUCGUCAAAACAGGAACAAAUCCACGCUUCCAUUGUUUCGACAUUACUUGCACUCAUGGACGGCAUGGACAAUCGUGGUCAAGUAAUUGUCAUUGGUGCGACUAAUCGUCCAGAUUCUGUUGACCCUGCACUGCGGCGUCCAGGUCGUUUCGAUCGCGAGUUUUACUUCCCAUUACCGGAGUUCGAUGCUCGCAAGGAAAUUAUUUCUAUUCAUACACGAAAGUGGGACCCUCCACUUGAUGCCAAAUUUAUUGAGCACAUUGCUCGAGUGACAAAGGGUUAUGGUGGUGCCGACCUUCGAGCCCUUUGCACUGAAGCAGCUCUUACUGCUAUUCAGCGACGAUACCCCCAAAUAUAUCAGUCCACUAAAAAACUAUUAGUCGAUCCAUCAUCCAUCCAAGUUAGUGCGCGUGACUUUUUGCGAGCUGUCGAUAAAAUCAUUCCAUCUUCAGCCCGCUCUACAUCAUCAUUAGCUUCUCCUCUUCCUAAGCAUAUUGACCCCUUAUUAUCUAAUACUUUAGACUUGAUCAAAGAAAAGUUAGACCGCAUUAUUCCUCGCAGCAAAAAACUUCCACCACUUGAAGAAGCUUUAUAUGAAGGAAGUGUUGAUGAUAAUUCUCUAGUUGAUGGCGGGUUUGCUCGUCAACAAGCUCUCAAGGAGUUUAAAACAUCACGGAUCUUUCGUCCUCGGUUGCUCAUUCGUAGUGGGUCUGGAAUGGGUCAGCAAUAUUUGGGUUCGGCUGCGCUGCAUCAUCUAGAAGGAUUUCAUGUCCAGCCUUUUGAUUUGGGAACUUUAUUUAGUGAUUCUUCUCGCACGCCAGAGGCAAUGACGAUUCAACUUUUGAUUGAAAUCAAGCGUCAUACUCCUAGUGUCAUUUUUAUUCCCAAUAUUGACACUUGGUUUUCUACUCUCAGUCCUGCUGCUGUUUCUGCCUUUUUUGGAUUCUUGCGUAAUCUUAACCCCACUGAUGCUGUUUUAGUUUUGGGUCUGUUAGAAUCCGAUGAAGAGGAAAUUGAUCCUCGCAUUCAAGAGUUAUUUGGAUAUUCGUCAGAAAAUGUUCAAUAUAUCGAGCCCAUAACACCUUCUGCACGUGAAAAGUUUUUCGAGAACUUGACAAACUAUCUCAAAUGCAAACCAUCAGAUUUCCCUGAAAAACAAAAGAAGCGAAAACUUGAAGUACUUCCGGAAGCUCCUGAAGAACCUAUCAAGCCACUUACUGAGGAAGAGAUAGAACGCAAGCAUCGCAAAGAUUUGCAACUUACAAACACGCUCAAGAUUAGAUUCAGCUCUUUGAUGGAUCUUAUGAAGAAUCGAUACAAGCGUUUCCGAAAGCCUAUAAUUGAGGAACAAUACCUGAUACACUUGUUUGAGCCACAGUAUGCUGCCUUGAGCACAGUUCCGCCCCAGUAUCUCAAGACAAACGAUGACCGUAUUUUAGAGGUUUCUACAGGAAGAGUCUAUUAUAAUAUGGAUCUUGAUGUCAUUGAGGAACGAAUCUGGAAUGGUUAUUAUUUAGAGCCUCGCCAGUUCUUAAAAGACUUCCGGAUGAUUCAUCAAGAUUGCAUCACAUCUGGAGACCGCGAGCGCAUUCUUAAAGCAUCUGAGAUGCUUACCAAUGUGGAGGUCUUUAUUGACGAUAUCAACAAAGAUGCUCAAUUUGUUGCUGACUGUCAUGAGCUUUAUCUUCGCAAAAAACGUGAAAAGAGACAGCUUUUGGAAAAAGAAGCUGAGAAUAGAGGCGAUUCUUCCGGCCAACCAGCUGAUGGGUCUAGUGACCAGCCACUGAAUAUUGAAGAUGACCCACAUUUACGAACAAACACCACAUCCCAGAUUGCUACUGCAAUGACUGUUGAUGGUACCACUUCAUUACAAGUGGUUCGAGUUGAUGGUGAUGAACCUGAGUUUGAUACUGGAAUGGUUAUUGAUGGUGAUGUGUCUUUGCCUGAUGCUCCCAUUGAGCCUAGUGUUACGGAAUCGGGAAUUAAUAGUGUUCCUAGUGCUGAUGUUAGAGAGUUAACUCCAUCUCUUCCAGGAAAAAUUUCACUUGAAACUGCCAAAAAUUUGGAUAAGGAACUUAACAGUCAAGUUCAACGUGCAUCGUCUCCAAUUGGUAAUGUCGAUGUUCCACCACUUAUUCCAAAAAUCACUGAGGCAGACUCCUUUAAGCAUAAUGUGAAUGAUACUGCUACAAGUGUUAAUGUUAAUGGGUCUUCUGCUUCUAAUGGGUCAAUUGAACUUGCCGAAAAGACGACUCCAGUUGUUACGGAAGAAGAAGAUAAAGAAAAAAAAGAGCUUGAACCUGAACCUGAACCUGAACCUGAGCUUAUACUUGAUGAGGCACGGGUAGCUGCAUUUGUCAAGAAGUUGGUAAAUUCGACAGCGGGUUUAUCAGUAGAACGUCUGGAACAACUUAGCUCUACACUGACUGAUAUUGCAUGGCAACAUCGUCUUUCUUGGGACCGUAAUGACGUGGUUACUGCGUUAGAGACUAGCUUGGAUGGUGUGUUGCGAGCGCUGCGCGCACAGCAAGAGCAUCAGGAAAAAGCUCUCCAGGCGACACUAAGAAAUCGCGAUUUCUACGCAUAA